AAAACUCAUAAAACUGACCACACCCCCAAAGAAUAAAUUCAAUAAAUAUCCCAUCUUUAUUCAACUACUCAAAAACUAACAAACGACUAAUCGCCAUGGCAACUCACACAACCCUUUUUAUCCUUUUCCAUAACCUCUCCAUUUACGCUCCAUUUGUUCUAAAAAUUAGCCAAAAAUAAGAUGUCACAAAUUUCACGGUUCAUUUAAUUUUUCUGCUCCACGAGGCAUUCAGGUGGUGCUCAUGCUCAUGCGCUUUUUACGAUCGCUAUGGAUCUUCUUUAGUAAAGUGUGUAGAGUGUGAAAAGUGUGUCGUGAAUGUGUGUUUUUUUUAUAAAUAAAAAUUGGUUGUCAUAGUUACCGAAUUAAAAAAAAAUUAUGGGAUCCUCCGAGUUGACGUUGGAGUUUGUCGUGGAGCUGCAUAAAUUUUAUAAUGUGGACCUGUUUUUGAGGGGGUACUAUCAAUUGGAAUUGGCUCUGAGGGUGCUUAAUACUAAAUUACCCGUGAGGGUGGAGAUUUCAAGUGCGGGGACGGGGAAGAAGGACCCCUCGCCGAACCCCACCCACCACACAACUAGUCACUCGCAACUCCCCCCACUGCCCACCCCCUCCAACAACCCACCACCUCAACAACCACCACAGCCACACCCCCUACCAACCCUAACAACGGACUCCACCAUAACAACCACACGCCCAUUUCGUAUCCUAUUCCGUAACGAAGAACUCGAAUUAAAGGAAAUAUUCCUCUUCCGAAUCCAUUUCCAACAAGAAUUAACGUCCUCGGUAACCAUGGCAAAAAUCGUCGAGGAACUGAACAAAGUGGAAUAUUUUCUAGAUUUAAAUCUGAAAUUUAACGAUGCCAUAGUUUCCACGAGAGUUUGCCAAAUCCAUUAUUAUUUAAACUCUAGUUCGGUGCAUUAUUAUCGGAAUGUGUUUUUCGACUAUUUUCAUCUGUGUGCUGUGAGUUUUAGUAUCCACGGGGGGGUCAUUGCGGUGCAUAUAUCCAAGGGGACGUUGUUAAACUGCUCCAGCGCCAAGCCGGAUUUGAUUCCCCCCGGGAGCCACCCCUCCACACCCACCACGUGUUCCACCCCCUCAUCCUCCACGAGCUGUAUUCCUUCGUCAUCCUCGCAACUGAUCUCCUCGACGCGUUUCCUUAGCAACGCGAAAACCACGCACGAAUUAAUUAUGCAGAUUUUGCUCGAGUCUAAUUCGAGUUUGAAGACGAAAUUAAUCGAGUUUUUACAAGUGCUCGGAAGACACGAUUUGGUCGAAGGGUUCAAAUCCGGGUUCGUGUUUUGUGGGGGGAAUUUCGUCAAUUUUGAGGCGUUUCUUAAGGAGAAGAAACCCCCUGAGGAAGUGGAGGAGUUCCUUCUCAAGGCCCACAAGCAAAUCGCGUAUCUCUGCGCGGAGAACAUUUUACUCUGGCACCGGUUUCUCGACCUCAUCGUCAGCAAGGACCCCGUCCGAGUUUAUUUAGCGAAUUUACAUCAUCAGUUGAGGGUCAAGAGGUGGAGUGAGGGCUUCUACAUCACCUCGAACCCCCUGAAAUCCGCCUACACCUCCAAAGACUACACCCCCAUCGUCGAACUCCUAAAAAAGUCCAUAAACUACACUCCACUCCCGAUCGAGUGCACGGAAAUCGACGGGGACGGAGGCACAAUCCCCAUCGUAUUCGAAGACCAGUUUAUAUCCCAAGAAAACAACCCCAUGGAAACCAAAAUGGAAUGCAACUGUGGAGUCCUCAAAGAUAAUCACGAACCUUCCUCCUCCUCCUCCACCAUGGAAACUACAAAACAAGUCCAACCCGCCGAACUCUCUGCAAAAUUAACCUUGUUACUAAACCCCCCGGUAACCAUGGCAACGAAGAAAAAGAAAAAAAUAAAAAAAACCUCCACGUUGCCAAGGCGACACAGUCAGAAUUCCGAGUUUGAAAAGAAGAAACUAAGGAAAUUCUUGAGUACCCCGUUUCUCAACGAUUUCGAAUCCUCGGAAGAGGAAAUUGUUGAAUCUUCAGAGUCCUCAGAAUCCGGGUGGGAAUCCUCCGAUGACAAUUCUUCAUCUCCAUCGCAACCGAUAUUUCUCCCUCCUCCGCCACAAUUCCAGGAUAAAAUCAACCCUCCCGAGGGAUUCGCUGACUCCGUUGCCAUAGCAACCGUGGAUACGUUGAAAACCAUGGAAAAAUCAAUAAAACUCACGCCAAAAAUCACCUCACCUAAGAAAAAACCAGACCCACCCCAAAACAACCUCACGAUUCCCUAUUUCCUGAUCCCCGACGAACUCCGGAUAUUCCACCCGAAAGGCCUCCACUUGAUAAUCUGCGUCCACGGGCUGGACGGCUCCUGUCACGAUUUACGAUUGUUCAAAAUCUAUUUACAAGUGUCGCUGCCAGGCCACAAUUUGCAGUUUCUCAUGUCCCAGGAGAACCAGGACGGGACGACUUUUACGGACUUUGACAACAUGACUGAGAAGUUGGUCACGGAGAUUUUGACCCAUUUGGAGGUUAAUAAACUGAAUCCGGUGAGGGUCUCUUUCGUGGGGCAUUCCCUGGGGAAUAUCAUCAUUCGGAGUGCGUUGACUAAGAAAAAGCUGGAGUUUCUUCUGCCUAAGUUGCACACUUUUUUGAGUCUGAGUGGGCCUCAUUUGGGGACCUUGUACAACACGGGGUUGGUCACCAUGGGCAUGUGGCUGAUGCAGAAGUGGAAGAAAUCCUCGUCGCUGCUCCAACUCCAGCUGAAGGACGCCCCCCAAAUCCGCUCCACGUUCAUGUACAAACUCUCGGAAAAGUCCAAUUUGCACAAGUUCAAGUACGUCCUGCUCUGCGGGUCGAGCCAGGACCGCUACGUCCCCGUCCACUCCGCCCACGUCAUCAACUGCAAGGCCAGCCUCAAGGAUGGGUCGGCGCAGGGUGAAGCCUACCGAGAAAUGGUGAUGAACAUUCUGAACCCGAUUUUGACCAAUCCGGGGACGAAAUUGAUCCGCUACGAUGUUCACCACGCGAUUAAUCCUCACACCGCGAAUUCGUUGAUCGGGAGGGCGGCGCACAUCGCGGUGCUGGAUUCGGAGAUUUUUAUUGAGAAAUUUUUAAGCGUUAGUGGGGUCAGGUAUUUUCAGUAGGUGUGUGGGUGUCAUGGUGAUUAAUAAAGAAGUGGUUGUCAUGGUUA